AUUGACGCCACUCCCAUCCAUCACCUCCUCCUUCCUUCCUUCCUCUCCUUUCCCUUUAGCCUCUUCCUCGCACCCUCUCCUCCCCUUCUCCACCUCCCAGACAGACCCUGCCCUUUCCUUUCCUUCUGCUUUCUGUGGCUCCUCUGUGUGCGUUUCGGAGUCUAGGACCGGACGGCGGAGUCGUACAACAGGCCGGCCUUCACCCGGUGGGACUGCGAUGCUGACGCCCCGGUCGCACUUCUCCAUUCCUGCGCCUCCCGCAGCUGGGAUUUCAUGUUCCCCGUUGGCCUGAAUGUCCGCGCCCAUGUCCAAGCGUGAGAGCGGCAGCACCAGCCCGGUGGUGAGGCAGAUCGACAAGCAGUUCCUGGUGUGCAGCAUCUGCCUGGACCGCUACCACAACCCCAAAGUGCUGCCCUGCUUGCACACCUUCUGUGAGAGAUGUCUCCAGAACUACAUCCCUCCGCAGUCUCUGACGCUGUCGUGUCCGGUGUGCCGGCAGACGUCCAUCCUGCCCGAGAAGGGCGUGGCCGCCCUGCAGAACAACUUCUUCAUCACCAACCUGAUGGAGGUGCUGCAGCGAGACCCCGAGCGCAGCCGACCCGAGGCCUGCAACGUCCUGGAGUCGGCCAGCGCCGCCACGGCCUGCCAGCCGCUCUCCUGCCCCAACCACGAGGGCAAGGUGAUGGAGUUCUACUGCGAGUCGUGUGAGACGGCCAUGUGUCUGGAGUGCACGGAAGGCGAGCACAGGGAGCACGUGACCGUCCCUCUGAGGGACGUUCUGGAACAACACAAGUCGGCGCUCAAAAACCAGCUGGACGCUGUGCGCAACCGACUGCCUCAGUUGACGGCCGCCGUCGAGCUGGUGAACGAGAUCUCCAAGCAGCUGACGGAGCGGAAGAACGGCGCCGUGACGGACAUCAACGCCACCUUUGACGAGCUGGAGAAAGCCUUGCGCCAGCGCAAGAGCGCCCUCGUCGCCGAGGUGGACAACAUCUGCGGCGCCAAGCAGAAGGUGCUCCAAGCCCAGCUGACGUCGUUGCUGCAGGGCAAAGAGAACAUCGAGAGCAGCUGCGACUUCACCGAGCAGGCCCUGAGCCACGGCAGCGCCACCGAGGUCCUCCUGGUCCAGAAACAGAUGGGCGAGCGGGUCAGCGCCCUGGCGCGCUACACCUUCCCCGAGUACCCGCACGAAAACGGCCACCUGGAGUGCCAGGUGGAGACGGACGGCCUGCGCCGCUCCAUCCAGAACCUGGGCGUCCUGAUCACCACCGGCGCCGUGGGCCACACCAGCGUGGCGACCGGCGAGGGCCUGAGGCACGCGCUGGUGGGCCAGCACACCACCGUCACCGUCACCACCAAGGACAAAGACGGCGAGCUGGUGAAGACGGGCAACGCCGCCCUGAGGGCUCAGAUCGUGUCGGCCGAGGGCGCCGUCGCCGAGGCCGAGGUGGCCGACAACAAGAACGGCACCUACGAGGUGGGCUACACGGCCCGCGCCGAGGGCGAGUUCGCCUUCUCCCUGCUGCUGUACGAGCAGCCCGUCCGGGGGAGCCCCUUCCGCCUGCGGGCCGUCAAGCCCUCCGACGUGCUGCAGUCGCCCGACGACGUCAAGCGGCGGGUCAAGUCGCCCGGCGGCGGCGGCGGUCACGUUCGCCAGAAGGCCGUCAGGAGACCCUCCAGUAUGUACAGCGCCACCAAGAAGAAGGAAAACCCCAUCGAGGACGAGCUCAUCUACAGAGUCGGAACAAGAGGACGUGACAAAGGAGAAUUCACAAACCUCCAAGGCAUCUCCACCUCCGGCAACGGUCGCAUUGUGCUGGCCGACAGCAACAACCAGUGCAUCCAGGUGUUUUCCAACGACGGGCAGUUCAAGACGAGGUUCGGGGCGCGAGGCCGCUCGCCGGGGCAGCUGCAGCGCCCCACGGGGGUCGCGGUGGACAUGAAUGGCGACAUCAUCGUGGCCGACUACGACAACCGAUGGAUCAGCAUCUUCUCGGCGGACGGCAAGUUCAAGAACAAAAUCGGAGCCGGUCGUCUGAUGGGUCCGAAAGGCGUGGCGGUGGACAAGAACGGGCACAUCAUCACCGUGGACAACAAGGCCUGCUGCGUCUUCAUCUUCCAGGCCAACGGAAAGUUGGUCACAAAGUUUGGCGCCAAGGGAACUUCCGACAGACAUUUUGCAGACAAAAGCGGCGCAAAUGUGGCACUGGAACAAAAGCUGAGUAAAUCAGGCCCAGUGUUCAGUCCUCAUUUUGUGGCCGUCAAUAACAAGAAUGAGAUUGUGGUGACGGACUUCCACAACCAUUCGGUCAAGGUGUACAACGCGGACGGCGAGUUCCUGUUCAAGUUCGGCUCACACGGAGAAGGCAACGGCCAGUUCAACGCGCCGACCGGCGUGGCCGUCGACUCCAAUGGGAACAUCAUCGUGGCCGACUGGGGCAACAGUCGCAUCCAGGUUUUCGACAGCUCGGGCUCGUUCCUGUCUUACAUCAACACGACGGCAGACCCCCUGUACGGCCCCCAAGGCCUGGCGCUCACCUCGGACGGUCACGUGGCCGUGGCCGACUCGGGCAACCACUGCUUCAAGGUGUACCGAUACCUCCAGUAGAGCCGACACGCGACGGAAACGCCGCAAGUCCGCAGGGUGCAAUAUUAAUAAUAAUUAAAAACAAAACAAAAAUUCGCACACGUCAGCCAUGACGCUCACCGUGUGUACUCAGAAUGUUCUUUUUUAUUAUCUUUCAAUUUUGGUGACGUAGCCCCCUAAAAGGAUCGCGCAGAGGCCCAAAGUGUGUGUGUACAGUACACAGAUAGAUAAGAGUCAAGUAUUGAACGAGCCACAACGUGCUCCAAAUGCAUGCGAUUUGAGUUCAUCUCCGUAAAUAGCAAACAUCACAUCGAUUGCAUACAAACGAGUAUUGGGGCCACACUCAAAAGAAAACAAAAUAGGCCAUCAAAUAGACAGGGAUAAAAAGUUAGAAAAACAAAAAUCACAAUGCGGCAAGGAAGAGGUGCUCAUUUUAUGAGGAAAUUAACACAUUUGGAAUAGUAUGAGAAAAUGACACGUGAACAACAUUUUGUCACUAUUUUGAGGGUGACAAGAUUUAAUUGACCAGAAAAAUGUUACAAGAAAAAAGAAAUGGAGUCCAGGAAAGAAGUUGCAAUAUGGCAAGAAUACGUUUGCGUGAUGAGAACAAAAUUCAGAUUUUACAGGAAUAAAACACAUUUACGUUUUACUUGUACAAUUAAAAAUUAAUUGAUUGUAAAAUUCGAUAUUUUGUCUUGGAGAAUUUAUUUUUCAUAAGUUUAACAACAAAUUCUUCUAAAAUACCUUUUUUGGGGGAAAGGGGGUAAAACUAAAAUAAAAAUGUCAGAUUACAACUUUUGUCAUUUGAAAAUGUUUUUUUUUUUUCUUGUAAAAUUACACAUUUUGUUUUGGAGAAUUACAAUCUUUGGGGAGUAAAAUUACAUUCUUUUCUCUUGAACCACACAAAAUGAAAACAAAAAAAUGUUAAAUUAUUCUGAAUCAUAUAUUUUUUCUUGUAAAAUGAUGACAUUUUCCGUCCGUAGCUCUUAUUGUAAAAUGCUGACUUUUAUCGCUCUCUUACAAUAUUACAAAUGUAUUCUACUCGACAUAUUUGGACAAAUUGGUCAAAUUAUUUAACUUGACUUCUUUUUCUUUUCAGUGUGCCUCUAAUAGUCCCACGUAGUUCCCCCCCCCCCCCCCGCUUAAUGUCAAAUAAACAAAGCGUCGAAAUGUCCCCAUGCACCAUCCGUGCAUUGAUUUGCUGAAUGUACUUAGUGUAUAUACAUAAAUGUAUAUUAUUGUGUACAUUAGACCAUGAUGACGACAAUUGCGGCACUGAAGGCAGCUGUUUUAAAAAUGUGCGCUUUUCAAAACGCACACGGCAGGCACAUGCUUGACAUAUACAAUUAUUUAUUGCAGUUUAAGCAGCACAAUAAUCAUUUUUGUUAAUAACAUUUUUUGAUAUAUAGGAUUUUAAAAAACAAGGAGGAGGGGAUGGGAUGGGGAAGGGAAAGAUAAUUUAUUUUAUUUUGUACACUCGCUCUGCUUUUUCACGUUUUUUGAAAAUGUACUUUUUUCCACUUGCGUUGAAUUUUUUUUUUCCAUUUUACCUUUUAAAAGAGAAUACAGCCGCAAAUAAUUUUUGUGCCAUUUUUAAAUAAGUCAUUAAAAUAAGCGAAUCAGUGGUUAUUGAGUCAAACUUGGGAAUUCAUUUAUUAAAUUGUGGUCAUCUAUUUAACAAACGAUACAAUGCAAAUAAAGUAAUACAUUUCAGAUUGUAUUUCCUUUAAAUUAAAUUAUUUGAGUCAAUGACAAUUUAUUACAUACAAUUAUUUAAUAUAUUAAUUCAUAUUUAAAUGAGGGUUGUUGACCACGUUUUUAAGUUUAGCGCACAAAUCCCCGUACAAAAUAAAACAAACGAAUUAUAACGACUUGAAUUCAUUUUGAUAAAAUGAACAGUUAAUUAAGGAAAUAUGAUCAUAAAAUGAGUGCUGUGGUAAAAGAUCAAUUUUGCUAAAGUUUUCAGAUUGUAUUUUAUGUAAAUUAAUUUAUAAUGGAUUAAAUAAUGAGCAAUUUUAUGAAUUCUUUGAUUUCAUAAAAUAAUAUUGGAAUUCAUUAAUCUACAUUUAAAAUUAAUAAUUUCAAUCAUUAUUAAUUUCAGUCACUUACAUAUUUUAUUUUGGUACAGAAAAACAUACAUACAUAAUAAGAAAUUACUAACCAUAUUUCUUAAUAUUUAAUUUGGACACAAUAUAUCAUUUUUCUGGUCAGAAUUAAUUCCAGGCUACCAAUAAACUUUUCAUUUUUCAUUGAGGUGCUUGUUCGAGAAAAAAAAAAAAUACACAUCUCAGGAAACACAAUAUAGACACCAACUGGCAGAUUAUUAUUAUUAUUAUUAUUAUUACUAUUAUGAAGGAAGUUUUAAAAAUGUGUCGGUUUAAACCUACAUUGUGUUAUGGUAGAAAUUCCAACAAGCUUCAGUUUAGUGUACAGUCCUUGAUUUUGUUGUGCCUCCUCACUGCUUUGGCUCCCCCUGCUGGUCAUUGUGUGCCAAACCCGAACCCACACGUUUAAUUUAUUCAAAUGAAUAUUGAAGGUUUUUGAAAAAUAAAAAAAAUGCUUCUUUUUUUUGCAGCUCUUAUCUGAAUAAAAAGCAUUUCAUCAUUACGAUACAUUUGUCACACACACACACACACACACACACACAACAGAUUGUUUGGUUUCUUUAUAAUAAAUAUGCACUGGUAAUAAAAGCACAUGGUUACCUGAA